AUGCUGUGCGAAAAAUUCUCGUUCUCCAGCUGGAUUGAGUUAUGUGAAGCCAACGGACCAAUCACAGAGUGGGAAAGCCAGCCAGCUCGUCGCUGAUUGGCCAAAUCGAAAAAUUCGCAGCCCGCUUUCGAGCAAAAUUAGUGCGGUUGUUUAAUUUCGGCAACCACCUGCUGCAUUUUGCAGAUUUCGUCAAGGAAUAGCUCCUGCCGACGUGCAGGCUAACCAAUUUCGCUUCUUCUGCGAAUUUGAGCCGCCGUUUCUGUUACGAAAGCCGAAAAUCAUGAACCGCCGAGUGGAGACCGCCCGCAAGAACCACGACGAGCGCAUGAACGAGUUCGUCGGCGUGCUGAACCGCGAGGAUUGUCUGCCGGGCAGCGAGGUGCUGGACGAGUGGAGGUUUCACCUCGAGCUGACGGUCAAGAAGGGCGGAUGGCUCGCCGUGUACAAGCCGCCCGCCGGCAGGAACAAGGAAUACAUGGACUUCGUUAACGAGCUGGUCGCUGUGGAGAGUGUGGAAUUCCGAAAUUUCGAAGGUUACGUUUGCAGUGCCGGGCAAAGCGACUGCUCGUCCUCGGAGACGGGCUCGUCCUCCACGCAGACCAACAAGGUCUUCUGCGUGCCUCUGGAGGACCUGUACCCCUGCACCAACCAGCCAGACCCUGAGGUGGACGGUGACGAGCUGGCCAACGUGCUGGACCAGUACAGGUACUUCCGAGCCAAUUUGUGGCUCCCCUGGGACGAAGAGGACGACAAUGAGGACUGGAGGGUGGCUGCCCUCGAACCCAGAAUGCAGCUGCUCUACGACAUGGAGCAGGGGCUGGCGGGGUGCGAGAUGUGCGAGCGGGUGCGGCGAGUGUUCCGGCAGGCGUGGGCGGCCCACGAGGACCUGCAGAGCCUGCAGGACGGCGACCCGCUGGACAGCGUGGACGGCUCGCCCGUGUCCGCGACGACCAGGGCGCUGGACGAGGAGGGCGUGGCCAUCCGCGUGAUGCAGCUGCACCAGCGGCUGGACCAGCUCAGGCACGAGUUCUCGCGCCUCCAGAAUCCGCUCAUCCGAGGCCUGAUGGUCCGGCAGCGGCAGAGAAUGAUGCAGCCGCGCCGCAAGGGACAGCAGCCGUGGAACAGACUCGUCUGGCCCGGCGGCCCUGCCGAGCAGCUGGCCAAACUCGUCGGAACGGCCUCCCUCCUCGCCGGCACCGACCAAAGAUUCAAAUUAUAUCCAUUGCUCGCGUUGGCUUUGGAGGAGGCGAAUGCCGGCGAUUUCGUCUUUCUGGCGGCUGGCAAGUACUCGACCACUGGAAGCGCCGGUCUCGAAGCUGGCGGCACCAUUAGAGGAAUCGGCGAGGAAGCGGCUGUGGUGUCCGGCUGCGAGGCCGGCGACGUGAUGCUCAACAUCGAGUGCCAGCAGCAGCGGGACGAAACCGUCCAGUUCGACUUUGUGCUGUCCAACGUCACGCUGGAGGCGUACAAAAUCGAAAUCUGCCUCUUGCUGUCCGCUGGAAAUGUCCUCCUCGAGAAUUGCAUCAUCGACGGCGGUGGCAGUCACGACAAAGACGACAGCGUGGGCGCCAUGGUGCGCGCCAACUGCCGCCUUGUGGCCAGAAACUGCGUCUUCACCGGCUUCACCACGGGCAUCAUCGCCUACGGAGGGGCUCGACUCGAGCUCGAAAAGUGCCAUGUCAAGGAGUGCCAGUACGGAAUGCAGAUGUACAAGGGCGCGGAGCUGUCGAUGAAGCAGUGCGUGGUGAGCGAGUGCACCUCGCACGGCGUCUACUUCAAGUGGAGCUGCGACGAGCAGGAAAACGGCAGCACACUCGUCGCGCACGACUUUCUCAACACGCUUCCCGGCGUUUCCGUCCAAGAGUCCGACUUCAAAGCUGUGCCUCUGGCUGUGCAAGUGGAAAAUGUCAACUAAUAAUACAUUAAUUAAAUGUAAUACUCCGAGUCAAUAGAAUUAAAUAACCAAAGUGAUACAAU